AUGAGUGAUGAGGAGAAAUACGCCAUGAUUGCACGUUUUAUACCUUGUGAUCUAUGUUCUUGUAAAGGAUGGCAUCCUUCCUACAAUAAUAGCUGUCAAUGUGGGCAUGAUACUUUUCAUCAUGUAGACAAUGGACAAGAUCUGGAACGCAGGUUGAAAGUGGCAUCCAGACUCAACGAGCUUCUUGAAGAAAAAGGAAAGAUCGAAGACUAUGAUUAUGAAGAUGAAGAUAUCAAUUCAUUAAAAAAAUCGAGACUAGAUGAAGACGAGACAGAAGAUGGUCACAGCAUCAAACGAAAUAGAACAGAUCAUUCAGAAAAAACACAGCCACUACCACAACCAGAAACACAGCAACCACAGGAACAGCCUUCGUCACCAUCACUACCACCAUUAUCCCCAUCACAACCACCCUCAUCUCCAUCGCAACCGCCGCCACCACAAUCACCACCACCCCCUUUAGAGAAAAAAGAAAGUCCUGCCAUGAUAGAAGAACGCGAGGGCGAGAUCAGUACACAGGUUGUAUUGAACGACGGGGAACGUGAGAGCAUGAUCUUGCUGACGGGGUUAAAAAAUAUUUUCCAGAAGCAACUACCCAAGAUGCCCAAGGAGUACAUUGCACGACUUGUGUAUGACCGAAAUCAUCGCAGUAUUGCCUUGAUUCGUAAUCCACAUAAGGUCAUUGGUGGUAUCUGCUAUCGGCCGUUUGACGCGCAGGAAUUUGCGGAAAUUGUGUUUUGUGCGGUGGCAUCUACGGAACAAGUGAAAGGGUACGGUUCCUUCAUCAUGAACCAUCUAAAGGAUUACGUGUCGGGUCACACCAAUGUCAAACAUUUCUUGACGUAUGCUGAUAAUUAUGCGGUGGGGUAUUUUAAAAAACAAGGUUUUACGACUGAGAUUACGCUCGAUAAAAGGAAAUGGGUAGGGUAUAUCAAGGAUUAUGAAGGGGGUACGAUUAUGCAUGGCAAACGCUCCAUUGAUCCGCUGGAGGUGCCCGGUAUACCCGAGUCUGGUUGGACGCCCGAGAUGGACAUGAUAUCAAACCGACCGAGACAUUCGCCUCACUACAAUCAAAUGCUGCAUAUCGUGGAAGAGAUGCAGAACUAUACACAUGCUUGGCCCUUUCUGGAGCCUGUGAGUGUAGAAGAUGUAGCGGACUAUUACGAUAUUAUCAAGGAUCCAAUGGACUUGGCGACACUGGAAGAGAAUGUAAAGGCGGAUGCGUAUCCUACGAUGGAGGAUUUUGUCAAGGACACGCAAAAGAUUUUUGAGAAUUGUAAAUUAUACAAUGCAGAAGAAACAGAAUAUGCCAAAUGUUCUGCUAAAUUGGAAAGAUUUUUUAAUGAGAAACUUCGUGCAGCCACACGAGGAGGAAAUCAAUAA